AUGGGAGUGGACAAAUCAACUGUGAGUGAUUUAGUGAAAGCUGUGUCAAUUGCAUUGGCCAGCCUGGUCAAUCAGUUUGUUUCACUUCCAAAGGAUGUCCAGAUUGCCCAGACCAAGCACAAGUUUUUUCUUUUGGGGAACAUGCCCAAUACUAUUGGGGUUAUUGACUGCACUCAUGUGCAUAUCCAAGCACCUCAUGAGAGGGAUUGGGAGUACAUCAAACGAAAGGGGAGGCGCAGCAUCAACAUCCAACUUGUGGGCGAUGCUGACCUCAUCAUCACAAACUGUGUCGUGAAGUGGCCUGGGUCUGUUCAUGAUGCACGCAUCCUGAGAGAGAGUGCUUUAUACAGAGAGCUCCAAACCAACCGACCGGAUGGCAUAAUAUUAGGAGACAGUGCCUAUCCACUCCUACCAUGGCUGAUGACUCCUUUUCUUGCAGCAACCACACCUGCGCAGGCACGCUUCAACACUGCUCAUUGCAAAACAAGAUGUGCAAUUGAGCGUUUAAAUGGAGUUCUGAAGAGACGCUUUGCAUGCCUUAACUACUUGCGAGUGGAACCACAGGGAGCAUGCAACAUAAUACUUGCGUGUAUCGUACUGCACAACAUCGCUACCAGGCGCAAUGUCCCUCUCUGUGAUGAUGUUUAUGAUGCACCUGAGCCUGUUGAAGAACCAGACCAGCCUCUGGUGGUCUGUCAGAAUCAGGGACUGACUGGACGUAUAGUAAGGGAUGCAAUUGUUAGACAUUAUUUUGGACAGGCUCAUCUCUGA